AUGAUCUCUCGUCGAUCUUCAGAAUUAGACACAUCUCCACCCUUUCCUUCUCGAGCACCUACUCCAAUUGGCACUAAUGGUGGAGAUCAUAACAAAGGAAAAAAAUCCCGUGAAGAAAAAGAUUCCUUUUUUUCAAAGUUUCGGUCAACUUCACGGCCUGCGUCUCCUGGUCCUGGGGGAAACUCCUUAUCUUUACCUGAAGGUGAAGAACUUAGGAGGAAGUCCUUUGACUCAGCUCAACCUGACAUGAAUGUUCGGUAUGGUAAUUUUCCUCCUCCUCCAGAGAUUGCUCCUUUUUUUUAUCAAUCUGUUGAUCUUAACUCGGAUAAUGGGAAAGGUUCUUCGGCAGCUUCGUCAAGUAAUUCUCACGCACGUUCUUUUAUAAAUAAAAGAUCUCAUCGAAGAACAAAGAGUUCCGAUAGCGAUUCUGCUCUAGACUCGAGUUCAAAAGACAAAGAUAGUGCUCCACCUGAAGUAAUAUACCGAAAAAAUUCAGAUACCGAAUCUUUUUCUUUUCCAAAUUUAAUAAUUACACCUACACAAGAAAAAGAUGACCCAUUCGUUAAUCUCAAAAAAGAAAAAUCAUGGAGAAAGAAGCCAUUUGAUUUCAGGAAAUUAAUUCCUUCAAAUAAAUUAACAUCUUGCAAAUUUCCUGUAGUGGAUACCAAUCUUGAUGAUAUGAAUGGAAUUAUAAAUCGACGAAACCAUAGAUUAUCAGGUGAGACCUACGCUAUACCACCAUAUAUGGUAGACGACUUUUUGGGAAAUGACAUGGAAUGGCCACCAUUUCCUUUAACAAGUGGAUCAGAAAUGUGGUCACCACCUGAUUCAUGGGCAGUAAUAAAGCCAACAAAAGAACCUACAAUUUUGCCUGAAGAAGAAAAUAUACCGACUGGAAUUGAAAAUGAAAAAUGGGAAGGCGAGAAGAAAAAUUUCUGUAUUCGAAUUUUCAGACCCGAUGCUACAUUCGGUACAGUAAAUUGUAUUCUUAGUGCCACCACAGCUGAAUUAUUUGAACAAGCAGGAUACACGGGAAAUGAUAAUAUAGAAGAUGUUGGAAGAGAGGAUAAUAGUUACCUAGUUCGUUUCACUUUCCGUGAAACCUUGGAAGAAGGAACCUUAUCAACUUUUCAACAUGUCGAUCUUCAAGCCCGAAAUUUACAAACCAUCCCAAUAUUCCUUUAUCGGCACGCUUAUUACAUUCGUUCGCUUAAUGUUUCUAAAAAUCUAAUGCUCGAUCUUCCAACAGAUUUUAUACAAUCAUGUACCCAAUUACGUGAACUUCACCUUUCAAAUAAUAAGUUAGAACAUGUUCCGCAAUCAGUAAGACAUGCUGAAAUGCUUUCUUUGCUUAAUCUGAAUUCUAACUCACUUAAAGAUCUUGAUCAUAUCGCAUUAGAAACUGUUGGGGAAUUAUCGGAAUUAUCUGUCGAGAACAAUUUACUUCAAAGCUUGCCUGAAAACUAUUCUCAAUUUAAAACAUUGAGUAUUUUAAAUCUUGCGAAUAAUUCCUUCACGCAAUUUCCACUAGUGGUUUGUAAUAUCCAAACUUUAAAAGAAUUAGAUCUAAGUUAUAACAAGAUAACUUCAGUUAUAAAAGAGAUCGGGCAAUUAAUUAAUCUUAGGCGACUAUUUUUGAUUGGCAAUCAAAUAACGGAUAAGUUACCUGAAAGUUUUCAACAUUUAAUUUAUCUGGAAAUUUUGGAUAUACGUCGAAAUCAGAUCACCAAUAUCGACAGUCUUUCUUUAGUACAAAAUCUUAAAGUUCUUAAAGCUGAAUAUAAUAAUAUAACCACUGUAGAUUUAUCAUCAUCUAAAUUACAAAAGCUCAUAUUAUGUAAAAAUCAUCUCACUCAAUUUUCGUUAAAAGGAACAGGAGGUUCAUUAGAAAAGUUAUCAUUGGCCAAUUCAAAACUUACUACUUUACCCGAUGACUUAUUUGAACACCUAUUGUUCGUUCAUAAAGUUAGGUUUUGUCAUAACCAACUUACUUCAAUUCCAAUGACUAUAAAGUCAAUGAUAAAUUUGACUCACUUUUCUUGUACAAGCAAUGUUCUUUCAUCACUACCAAGCGAAAUAGGUAGCUUAAAAUCAUUGUGUGUUCUUGACAUUCACAAUAAUAAUCUUAAAUCUCUUCCAAAGGAAAUAUGGCUUUGUGAAAAUUUGGUCACUUUAAAUGUUAGUUCAAAUCUUUUAGAUGAAUUUCCUUCCCCCCCUGAUAAUAUUCAAGCAGGAUCAUCACCUUCUUCACGAACAAGAACGCAAGCUCCACUCGUAUAUUCUCUAAAAACAUUGCUUUUAGGUGAUAAUCGUCUUACUGCAGAUAUAUUUCCAGCUGUUUCAAGGUUUACGGAACUCAAAGUUUUGAAUCUUUCAUUCAAUGAAUUGGAUGAAAUUCCCACUGGAGGAGUUGCAAAUCCACAUUUGUCUGAAUUAUAUCUUUCUGGUAAUCAAUUGUCUUCCCUCCCAGAUGAUAUUGAAAAAUUAACAAAUUUGAAAAUUCUUCAUCUUAAUGGUAACAAGUUACAAACUUUGCCCGCUGAAUUGAGUAAAAUAAAGAAUCUUUCUGCGUUAGAUGUUGGAAGUAACCUCUUAAAAUACAAUAUUGCUAAUUGGCAGUAUGAUUGGAAUUGGAAUUGGAAUUUCCACCUCAAGUAUCUUAAUCUUUCUGGUAACAAACGAUUUGAAAUAAAACUUGUGCCUCAACAUGAACUCAACCCUCCUCGAGGUCGUAUUCUGACCGACUUUAGUGCAUUACGUUUCCUGAGAGUUCUUGGUCUUAUGGAUAUUACACUUUUAAAUUUAACAGUUCCUGAUGAGAGUGACAAUCGUCGUGUAAGAACCUCUGGAUCUGAAGUAAAUUCUAUAUCGUAUGGAAUGGCUGAUACUCUUGGAAAGUCUGAAAAUCUUUCCACAUGGGAAUCUGUAACUCCAAAGUUUCGUGAAAGAGAUGAUGAAUGCUUAUUUGGACUCUUUGAUGCUCGUAAAGGUUUUGUUCAAGGUGGACAAGUCACAAAGUUUCUUCAUGAUUUGUUCCCAUCUCAUUUCAAAUUAGAACUUGAAAAACUUAAAGAAUAUAGCAAACCCCGAGAAAAUGACAGACAAAAAGAAAACGAAUUUGUAGAAUCAGCCCUGCGACGUUCGUUCUUAAGUUUAAACAAAGAACUUGGAACAAAAGUUUUUAAUUCUAGUUUGGAUGGUGAUGUAUAUACCCGAGAUUCUGAAAAUUUAAAUCCUACGUCAGCAGGGAUAAAUGAUUGCAAGUCAGGUGCCUCUGGAAUAGUAGCUUAUAUUUCAGGUACUACAUUAUAUAUAGCUAAUGUUGGAGAUACUGUGGCAGUCAUUAGUCGCGGUGGUGGAAGUGCUCUAACUAUAGCUAAAUGUCCAGACAUUUCAGCUGAGGUUGAAAGAAUAAGACAAGCAAAUGGUUUUAUUUCUCAUGACGGUUUAGUAAACGGUGAAGUAGACGUUUCACGUUCAUUUGGUCAUUUUCAUUUGAUGCCAAUUAUUAACGGUAACCCUAUCAUUGAGGUGGUAAAUCUUUCUGAACAAGAUGAAUUUUUGAUAUUAGCGACACGAGGGUUAUGGGAUUGCAUGAGUCCUCAAACAGCUGUAGAUAUAGCAAGAACUGAAAAGGAAGAUUUAAUGUUGGCAGCACAAAAAUUACGUGAUUUUGCUAUCUCUUAUGGUGCAGACAAAAAUAUUACGGUAAUGAUCAUUGGGGUUGGUGAUUUGUUUGACCGAAAUAUACGUAAAAAGUUAACAGGAAGGGAUAAAGGAAAGGGUCUCGACGAAGCCGGAACCAUUACAUUAUUUGGUUAUAGUAAAAAACGGCUUCGAAUUUAUGAGAUGCCUAGUGAUUCCACUAUGGCAAGACUAGAGAAAGAAAUUGCUCCACCAACUGGUCAAAUUGCUUUGGUCUUUACUGAUAUAAAGAAUUCGACGUUUCUUUGGGAAACAAUCCCUGUUGCCAUGAGACAUGCUAUUAAACAACAUAAUACAAUUAUGCGUCGUCAACUUCGUAAUAUAGGAGGAUAUGAAGUAAAAACUGAAGGGGAUGCAUUUAUGGUCUCAUUUCCAACAGUCGCGGCAGCACUUUUAUGGUGUUUCACAGUACAAUUAGAGCUUUUGAAGGUUGAUUGGCCACAAGAAGUUAUUGAUUCAGAUGAUGGGAAGGAAGUUUAUAGUAUAACAGAAAAUGAAUUAAUAUAUAAAGGUCUUUCGGUUCGAAUGGGAAUACAUUGUGGUGAACCUGUGUGGGAGACUGAUAUAGUAACGGGAAGAAUGGAUUAUUUUGGUCCUAUGGUUAACCGAGCGGCAAGAAUAUGCAAUGCAGCAGAUGGAGGACAGAUAUGUGUCAGUUCUGAUGUAGAAUCAGAAAUUAGAUUAUUAGAUGAAGAUAAUGAAGCUUCAUCGAGAAAAAAUAGUACAGGAGGAGAUGAUGAUUCACAAGAAAUGAUGUUCCCAGAAUAUGUUAUUGACAAAAAUAUUACAGCUUUGAAGAAAAUGGGAUUUGUAGUGAAAAAAAUUGGUGAACGAAAACUUAAAGGAUUAGAAAAUGCCGAAGUAUUAUCAUUGGUUUAUCCAGAAAAAUUAAAGGGUAGAUUGGAAGCAGACGAAGUAAAAGCCCGUAAUUCCGUAGCAGCUCCUCAAACAAUUGAACCAUCAUCUCAAAUUUUGGACCCAUUCGAUAUUCGAUCACUUGGCUAUCUUUGCUUGCGCCUUGAGCGAGUAUCAUCUGGAUAUGUUAGCCAGAGAUCUUCGAGGAAUUCUCGAACAGACUAUUUGACAGGACUUUUAACUUUUCAUGUAAAAGACAAUGCUGAUGACGAAGAAUUGUUAAGGAUUUUUGAAAGUUUAAUAACAAGAAUUGAGAAUGUAGUUGCCCGAUUAAUCCUUAAAAAGGUCGAAAAAUUCGCUGGUGUAAUCGAGCAAGUAGGGGAUGCGGUAUUAAUGGAUCCAGAUAAUAUUCUCCGUGCUUUACAAAUGUAUACUCAAUUAUCACAUAAUCAUUGA